AUCGAGUACAGAUGGUACAAAAUUCAAGAAUCGUACGACCUUGAUUUGACAUUUUCUAGAUUCUUUAAUGAAAAGGGCAUUGGUACAGAUAAAGAUUUCAGAAGAUGUCUGUAAAUGACCCGGCUAUCAGAGAUUUAAAAGCUUGCACCCAGCGGUUUCUGGAGGAUAAAUCUGCCAAAAUCGAUGACGAGCACCGUUACCUGCCGUCUUUUUGUCAGAAGAUCGAGACGAUAUUCUACACCGGCCUCAGGAACUCCAACAAGUAUUUUUCGAGGGACGAAGAACCGUACGAGUGGAUGUCGGAGGUCGUGAAAGACAGGAGUUGGAAAUUUCCUUUUCAAUACAAGCACGCCAUCUAUGAGGUGAGGAGGAACGAACUUUUGAAAAGCAGGUUGGGCAAGUUCAGGCUUCUUCUGAGGUAUUGCCUGGUGAAUAGGUGUCUUCAUGCGCCUGUGGAGUAUUUGGUAAAAACCGGAAAAUUGUCGCAGUUUUAUCGGGAAAAUUGCAUACUGGGCGACGAAAUCCUUGGCGAGAUAUUGCUGUCGGUGUUUCUACAGUGUGGCACAAUAAAAUUCGACUUGGACCUAAACAACGUAUACUUUUUAGAGGCGACUUGGCUCUUGCCUGACGUCGUGAGUUUUGAACUCGUGCCGAGCACUUCUUUGGGCUUAUCAGUUACUUUUUCGGAGGAUAAAGCUGUUGUGGUGAAAAUGGACCCGUACGGACCUGCGGCUGAGAAUGGCCAAGUCGAAAUAGGAGACGUUUUGGAGAGCAUAAACGAUGUGCAUAUUGACUCUUCGAGUAGAGGGAAACUACGUUGUCUCCUCAAGAAGCAGCAAAGCCUUCCUAUACGUCUGACAGUCAUAAAGGCCUUGAAGGAGUCCAACAAUAACACCCUGUACAUCCCCCUACGCAAGUACCUUCUGGAUGUGAACCUGGACAUUCUGCAGAUUCAGAAUAGAAGGAAGGAGGUCAAUUGUGAAGAUAUAUCCAGAGAUGUAUCAAGGGACGGCUACAAGUGCGUGUUCGUGGGUUCCGUAAAAAUAGGCAUGGAAGGCGAUUCUAGACAGAUCGAGAAGACCAUAAGAGACAUGAUGAAGUUCAGGUACCAAACUGGUGAAAAAUCUUGGAGCAGGUUCAACAAGCAUGUGUUUUUUCAAAUUGGGGAAAUGUCUUUGAGGGUUUUAGAUUCCGAUACUGGCAAGGUUAUUUUCGAUCAUCCCUACAUGGAUAUAUCUUCCUGUGGAUCGUCCCCGAUCUAUUAUAACUAUUUUGGAUACGUUAAGGGGAACAAUAUUGAGGAUCCCGGCCAAUUCACUUGCUAUAUAUUCUACACUAAGAAAAACGACGAUUUGACAAUGAUGCUGAGCAGUAUUGGUCAAGGUUUUAAAAGAACAACUUUUGCUGUGUGAUGGGUACAAAAAAACACAAAAAAGAAACAUCCGAUACUGAAAGUAACAAUAUUAUUUUUUACAGAAUUAAGGUAUAAUCACAGGUUAUCAUAUAUUACAUAAUAAAAAAAUUAUAUAACAAUAAAAAUGAGCACCAAACUCAGCUUCAACUGUUUUAUAUAUCUAUGUAUAUUCAAGUGUUAAUAAUAAAUGGUAACAUUCAAGUUUUCA